AGCCAUUGGUGGAAUGUGCCAGUGUUUGAUGGAGAAAUAUACUGUGAUCAUUGUUGAUUUGAUCCUGGGCAAGCUGGGGCCACGGUUGAUCUGCGGGAUGAUGCUCAUGUGUGCCACAGAGGAAAACUGUGGUCCAGAGAUCAAUCCAGGGUCACUCCCUUGCCAGGCCUGCCUCGCUGUCAGCAGCCACGUGAAGUUGUCCAUCAAGGCAAACAGCACCCAGGCUGAAAUAGAGGCAGCGUUGCUUAGCACCUGCAGCAGCACCUAUCCAGACUGGCAAGAAGAGUGCAAAAGCUUUGUCCACCAGUACCAGUCAAAGUGGGCCAUCCUGCUUGCAAAACCAUGGAGCUCCAAGACGACAUGCCAGGAACUGGGUGCCUGUGUGGCUGAGGGGGGACUGUUUCCAGGAGAUGCAGCAUGUGCCCGGGGCCCUACUUACUGGUGCUCCAGUUUGAGUGCUGCUGAGCAAUGCAAGGCUGUGCAACACUGCCAGGCUCACGUGUGGCUGUAGCCAGAUAAGAAUCCAGACACCAUCGGGUGCUGGGACAUGCUCCUGACCUCUGACCAAGUCACUAGGUUUCUUCCUGCUUAUUGAUCAUUGAUGGGAGGCAGAAUGUAAGAGGUCUGUGUACUCUUGAAUAUUAAAACUCAUCUCAACAAGGUACUGCACUGACUCUUGUCCUUGAACUGUAAAUGAGAACCGCAUACUACGAAGGAACUGCUUCUCUCUUCGUGCUCAGAGAUUAUGGCAUGAGGGAUACUGAGCAGCAAAUAAGGCUGGAUGAUGAGACUGCUCACAGUGGGAAGAGAGGAAGGAAGGAAGCGGGGGAAGAGUGAAAAUAAGCAGGGGCAGGAAGUUCUGGGGAAGCUGUAGGAAAAAAGCAAGGGCUAUAUAAUGGGGCCGGAUCCCAUUUUAAUUCCCUGCAUUCAACUUCCCCCCCUUCCCCUGCUGCAUGAAACACCCCUAAAGUGCCACUCCUGGGG